GGAGGGAAUAAAGAAGAAAGAGAAAGAUGAAGAAAAGUUGUUCUCAAAAGAUGUUAUUUCUACAUCAUAAAAAUGAAGUGAAGAGUCUGCAGGCAGUGUUGUUUCAGAAUGUGUUUGAAUCUAUAUUUCUGGCGAGUAAUUAACUAUCAUCCGUAGUAUUGCUCAUUUCCACUCUCGCCAUCCUCGCUCCUUUGAGUCUCAUGUCCUCUCCCGGCUUCCGUAGACAUUCCUUCACUGUCAGUUAGUGUGCGGUGACAGACAACCAUCGCUGAGCCACCAACCCAGCCAAACUAUGGAGGAGAUUAACAACAUUGAAGUCGUUCCGUGCACAGAGUCCGACUAUUUGAAACCGUUCAGGGUGCACUAUAACCAGAAUGGCACAAAGAAAUCCUGGGACUUCAUGCGAACCCAUGACAGUGUAUCAGUGCUGAUCUUCAACACCACCUCACACUGUUUUGUCCUCGUCAAGCAGUUCCGUCCAGCCGUAUACAUGAAUGAGUGGGAAAAGACCAAGACGCAGCAGCCUCAGUCGGCUGAGAAAACCGAGGAGGGUGCUGCCGAAGCUGCAGCCCCCGAGUCUCAGGAGGGCCAGUCGGCCUCGGAGGGGGAGAGCUCUUCUCAGUGGCCCCCGGCCUCCGCGGGGGUCACCUAUGAGCUCUGUGCUGGGCUGGUGGACAAACCCGACCUCUCCCUGGAGGAGAUCGCCCGGCAGGAGGUGCUGGAGGAGUGUGGCUACGACGUGCCUGCCUCUAAGCUGAAGAGGAUUACUUCUUACAGGUCAGGUGUCGGUGUAACGGGUGCCAAGCAGACCAUGUUUUACGCUGAGGUGUCCGAUGACAACUGCGUGAGCGCAGGUGGAGGUGAGCCCCGGGAGGGAGAGCUUAUCGAGGUGGUCAAAGUCCCGCUGCACGAGGCCAUGACGUUCGCCUACAACGAGCGUAUACAAAAAACCAUGGGUGUCAUUUUUAGCUUCAUCUGGUUCCAUAAUAACAUGUCUCCCAAGUACAAGAUCUCCACUAAUGUGUAACUAGUAUUAACCAACCCGCUUUCUACCAUUUAUUCCAAAUUAAAUCAAACACUGGCCCAGCACUUCCUCUCUUCCCCUUCUGGCUCUUCAUCCUGUGUUGCCUUUUUUGCUUAUUGGUACAUGAUGAAGGGUGGGCCCCUUGUCUUGUUGCCAGCAGGUAUCUUUAAGUUUUGUCCUGUCUACCUUUUUAAAUUUUAUGUGGUCUUAAUAUUUUUCCUAAAAAAAACAAACAAAACAAACUUGCCAUAGCUGUUUGCCUCUGGCACUUUGUUUCAUUUACUGUGCCAUCUGUUACAAAUGGCUGGAUAUCACUGAUUUCAUUUGCCUGCCCUUGAUUUAAAGGAAUGCUCCACUGGUUUUUGUUGUGGAUGUUGAAUGUUACUUUCAGGAUAUGUUACUGGCUGAUUAAAAAACAACAAAAACAUUUCCCUUUCCUUUUAACCCUUCCUGCAAAACCCACUGUUCACUGCAAACUCUGUGUUUUAUGCUGCGUUCAUGUCACAUCGGAGUUAUCGUUAUUACAAGUUUCCGACUUGUAAUUACAAUAGGUAACCGUGUUUUUCCUGAAACACAAUUUUAGUCCAUGGAUUUGAUCUUAUAUUGUCAGCCCACUAUAUUUUUAAGUCUCACAAAGCCAGCUCUGUCGUCGUACAACAAUCUUGAUGUCAUCAACAUAAGUUGCUUCAUAAGUCCCUUCUCUACCAAUCCAUCCCAUAUGACGUGAACUCAGCAUUAAACCACGAUGCUAACUAGCCAUAUACCCCUGGUUAGCUCGGGUUUGCUGACAUUUUAAUGUGCUAGCAUUUGCAUUGGAGCCAUAUUCAUGCAAACGUUUAUAUUGCAUCUAAUGUAAUAACAAGACACAGCAGAUGAGCAGUGGCUACUUUUUGCAAAUGUUCACUGAUGACAUAGAGGCAAGGCAAAUAAAAUAAGAUAGAAUAAAAACAGUGGAGUAUUCCUUUAAGCCAUGAUCCAGUAAUGCAAAAACUAUGCUAGUCAAUUGUGGGGCCUUGUAACUACGCAGGUGUUAGGUGUGUUUUAACCACCAAUUGUUCAGGCAUGCCUCAAUUAAUUUCUCUGAUCCACAGCCUUUAAGCAAUACUUAUCACAGUACCCCGGGCUAAACAAUCACUCAGUGUCGCUGAACUCAACUCUCACUCUGUUGGAAAUCCUUCAUCAAGUCAAACCAGUCGACAUAUUUGCAGACUUUAUUCACUGCACAGAAGGAAAAAAAAAAAAAAGCAUACACCUACCUCUGCACCGAGGGCCUAAUUUCUGUUUUCAGUGUGUCAUUGUACUCAAGCACAAUCCUGAUUUGAAGCAUACUGUACUAGAUUAGUAGAAGAUGUAACACACUGAAAUCCACUUCAAAUGACAUCCUCACGUUUAGUUAGGACUUCAAAAAGCUGCAGUGGAUUUACAGUUUGUUUUCAGAACCAGAUGUUUUGUCUCUAAAAUGUCAGUGAACAACCUGAAAUCCCUUUGACAUAGAGUUUUUAUUGACACAGAGGAAUUUCUUUUUAGCCUCUAUUGCAUAUUCUUCUUUCUGAGAUAAAGACAAACUGCAAAAUACAGCAAGUCUUCAAAGGUCAAAUCCUCUAUUUAUUUAUUUUUUUAAAUCAUUUUCAUUACAAGUAAGUCAUUUCUAGGGAGUUAAUUUUAUCCCUGGCAUGUUACGGUUACAUUUUGAACACAAUGCAGGUUUAGGAGCAUGUUUGGAAGGAGUUCAACCAUCUAACAGAUUGCCUUUAAUCAUAAUUCAUUUGGGAAGGUCCAGUGUAAUACGCAAAGUUAAUCUCAACAGCAGUUUGCCAAAAUCUCAGGUCCAAAAUCAUCAAACCUUUGGUCAUAUUCAGGGAAAAUCUCUGAAUGUGAUGAUGACCAGCAUGUCACUAUUAUAGUAAUAUAUCUCAAAAUCACUUGCAGCUUAUAGGCAACAACGUUCUUACUCUUCUUACUAUAGUAUAUGUUAGUAUUUUUCUUCAUUCAAAAAAAGGGCUGGUACUUCUUUUAUUAUUUAAUAUGUGAUGAAACAACCCCCCCUCCCCUCCACACCCCACCCCACACACACACACACACACACACAUGCAGACACACGCACACACAAACACACACACACACCUUGUUGUUUUUGUUAGAAAUAUGCAAGUACUGAAGCAAAGCCUAGUGUUUUUAGAAAACGACUGCUCACUUAAAAAAAGAAAAAAAUCUUACAUUACUAUCGGGAUCAGAGUUCAGCUCUUGGUGCACCAGCAGAGUUUGGAAGUUGGAAAACACAAAGCUGUAAGUUGUUGAAAACUAACCUGCCUGAAUAACUUGAUGGUUUUGCUGAAUUUAGACAUAAAGAAAAAAAGAAUGCUGUGUGUUAAUGAUAUUUGGUUAUUAUUUGUAUGAAUUUUAAGUGCAAUGUUGCUACAAAAUGCUAACACCUUAAAAUAUUAAUAGGUUUUAAAAUAAAUAUACACAUGUCUUAUUAAACGAAAACAAAAUCUAGUCCUGAUAUUGAAAUUUGUUGCCAAUUAAUUCUUUCUUCACCCAGAUUUUAUUCUCUGGUGUGAAAACUAAAAAUGACUUGAGGUCAAUUUACGAAUGAGUCCAGGAUUCAUUUGUUGUUUUCUGCUUUUUGAGCCUGAGGAACAGCUGACAAUCAAUUUGUCCUCUUUUACCCAUAAAACCUUGUGUUUGUUUGUUUGUUUGUUUGUUAUGUUUGUUUUGUUUUUUUGUAGGGUUUUUUUUUUUUGUCGUCAUUUUCUUUCAUUGGUUUGUUUAGUGUAUGUCUUUGUCCCGUCUGAGUCUCACAGCAGGUCUCUGAAGGAGGCCUGAGCAUCAUUUUCAGGCAUCUCAGUGCAGUUAUCUGGUGCCACUUGAGCUCUAAAUGCAUCGUUCUCCUCUGCACAAACAAAAUCAAAAGAAUUUGAAUGAACAAAUCUAAAUAUGUUUGGUUUCACACACUGAGUCAAAUAUUUGGAAACGUAAUUUUCGCCCAAACUGUGUAGGAAAAUAUGCACAUAACCCUGAAGCCAUAUUUAUCUCACCCUACGCCCAAUUCCCAUUCCUUGAUGUAGGAUUGUCUAGUUUGCUGGAACUGCUUGAAUUAUUUUUAUUAAUUAUUUUAUGUUAAUGUCUUUGCUAAAUUGAUUCAUAUUCUCUCAGGAGUAAUGAGGUGCCCAGACCUGAUUAAUAAUAGAUGUCCAAUAACUACAUCAAAUUCUCCUCGUGUUGUUGGUAUCAAUUGAGAUUCAAACUACAGGAUGUAUCUACUUUAACAAGUUUAACAUCAGGACACUUUGGAAAAAUGUGGAAAGCACCUUUGGAAAAUCCUGAAAUGACCACUGGAAGUUAAACUAACAGGGCUGUCAUACGACACUUAUUAACAAUAUUUUUUUAACUGCACACUACAUCAUGAUAACGAGCCACUAUAAUAUCUUUAAGUGUUUUUUUUGUAGCUUUCAGAGAGUUAUUUAUUUGGCACCUUAUCCUCAUCAGACCUCUUUCCUUUAUUCUCCUUAUUUCAUCCCUUCUUCCAUGUGAAUCUUUUCUUUAGUCUUCAGGUGAUUAAGGUCCACGUGGAUCUCAGUAGUUCAAUGGAGAACCUCACUGAAAGAUUUCCAAUGGUGCUCACAGUUUUCCAUUGUCUAGUUCUUGUCUGGUCUGAGAUGAACCCAUCGUGGAGACUUUUUGUCUUGAGAUGACUCUUGAGAAAAUUAUUUUGUUGCCCACCUUUUAGCAGAGUUUACAGGGGUUAGCCAUAAUCAUCGCAAAGUUGACAAAAAAACAAAAAAAACAACCCUAGAUACUGUAUAUUCAAACAGUCAGUUUGCUGAAAUGAAGCCAUCUGCUUCUGAUUUGGCUUGACCUAAAAUGUGACAAACAAAAAGCCAUUUUAACUUGUAAGGCCAGUCUGUGACUUUAUGUGCCUGUCAGACGCGACUUCUCUUUUGUAUAAAAUUUUGAGGGAAGUCGUCACUAAAAAUGCGAGGCUGUGUUGCCGUCUACAUUGGCUUGUCACUGUGUCAGCCAGUAAGCCGACGCGGGUGCGGAUUUUCCCACAGCUUCCCUCCAUCUAUUAUCUGAAAGUCAAGUGCAUUUAGUGACUAUUAUAAAAGACGCACAGUAGCAUUAAAGAUUGACCGACUGAAAACGACAGUGACAUUGAGUCUAACGUCUAACGUUGUUCCUGAAGCUGUAGAGAAUUCAGUUGCCAGAAGAAACAACCAGUGUGGCAGCACUCCAGGUUCAGCUGGUUCAGCCAGGUUCUUUAUAAAGGUUGUUGAUAAACGGUUAAACUUAAAUUCAUGGUAGGCCUGUAUUUUUAUUUUUGUUCAGCCUGUGGAGUCAACAUUCACGAGUUGAUCUACUUUAUCAGACCUGCAGUCUAUUUUGUACUCAAGCAUUUUUUAUUAGUUUUAUAAGCUGUUUAAAAGUGGCUGGCUACGUCUGUAUCUUAUUCAGUUUCGAAUUUUCUGUGUGUCUUUCUGCAUGAAAUACAAAAAUUUGAGUUUAAAGCCAAACUUCAAACUUUCAUAGUGUUGAAUUCAGUCUUAACGGGAGCCGUAUAAAAGUCAGUAAUACUGGCGAUCGGCAGAGAUCUUAAAGGAAAAGUUUGAAAUUUUGAGAAUUGCAGUUUUUGCCUUUUACAGUUAGAUGAUACGAUUGGUGCCACUCUCAUGUUUGUACAGUAAAUAUACAGUAAAUAGAUUCCCAGCCAGGGGACUCUCUCUCUCUCUCUCUCUCUCUCUCUGUACUGUGAACUAUCAAAUAAAGUCAAAAAAAAAAAAAAAACUUUUAUAACCCCCCAAUAAAGUUGCAAAAUGUUGUUUUUACACUUGAGUUUUUGUACGGACUAAACAAACAAGAUACAGUGUGUUAAUUAAUGAACUGUAGGUGUUAGCAGUUAGCUGUGGCUAUCUGUCUCCCCCCGUUUCCAGUCUUUAUGCUAAGCUAAGUUAGCCAGCUCCUGGCUGUGGAGUCAUAUUUACCGUACAGACAACACAAGUGUGGUAGCGAUCCUCUCAUCUAAUUCUAAACAAGAGAGUGAAGAAACACAUUUCCCAAAAUGUUUAACUCACCUUUUUAAUUAUACCACCACGACAAGCCGAACUUUCCCCUCUGCGACAAAACUAAAUGCACUUUUGACAGUUUAGAGUGAAGUUGCAGACUGUGCCACCGGUAAGCCAUAUGCUACUUCUGUUAAAUACACACAGCAAGACUGAUACGUGAGGUAAAUAAAUGGUUGUAUAAUUCAUUCCUGCCUAUGCUGGAUAUUAACCAUUAGCCCAGCAUUGGACAUUUCUACCUCCAUCACUCAGGCACAUGAUGAUAUGAUAUUUUGUGUGCGUUCGCUUGCUUCUAAGGCGUUGACAUAUCAAAUUCUCAGCCACAUGUCAGAAAUGUCAACACUCAGUGGUUCUUCGUGACGGAAAACUUUAUCCAUCAGUACCAGAUUUUUAUAGAUGUACCCCCCAUGGCUAUGCUGUAGUUGCUUCUUCAACUGUGAUUGUUUUUUUGUUUUCUUUUUUCGUUCAUGGUUUGUGCACUGUUUGACAAUUUCUUACUGUAUUAUCAGUGAUCACGAGCUGAGCUGCAGUUUAUCAUGAAAAUGUGGGGUUUUUAAAGGUGCUAUGUGUAGUAUUAUCUAAUUAAACCAGAUGUGAUCUACUCAAUAUUCCUUUGUUUCAUUAAACAUUUAGCGAUUCUUGAUUUGCUCAUGAAUCCUGUGAAAAGCACUUUUGAUGAAGCCCUCUCACUUUUGCUUCUUUAUUUGCAGACUGGUAGCUGAAUAUUCAGAAGCAACAAUCAAAUCUGCUGCUAUGAAGCAGCUUAGACUGACUAUAAAGUGCACCACAUAUAUUAACCCAUUAGGUACUGUAAUAUCUAGUGAAAUCCUACACAUAAUACCUUUAAGUGAAAGAAUUAUUAUGAAUUUUCUCACAGUAAAGAUGUAAAGAAAUUUGUCCAAUUGUGAUUUUCUUUUUCUUUCUGGUGUCUUACACUGAAUUUGUGUUUUUAAAAAAAAAUAUUUUCUGGAAAAAAAAAAAGUACAAACACGAUCAUUGCAGUUUUAUGAAUUUAUCAUGUAUUUUAAGCUUUAUUAAAAGUGUAUAAUUGUGGGCAGUGUUUUCAGUAAUGUUUGGGUUUUGUUAAUUUAUUACCUAAUUGUUGAAAUAUCUAACUUUUAAAACAUGAGACUUGGUACAUACAUACAGUAUAUAUUUAAAUAUGGUACUUUGCAUGUGCACUAACUGUCUUGGAUUAAACUGCAUUAAGUUGAAAUAAAAUGGGUUUGAUGCCAAAAUA